GUGGAUAAAAACCCCCGGGGUCUGCAGCUCAGCUCCAAGCUCUGAGUGCUCCCACAGCCGCACGCCAACCCCGCUGCCACCAUGGUGCACUGGUCCGCCGAGGAGAAGCAGCUCAUCACCAGCAUCUGGGGCAAAGUCAACGUGGAGGAAUGCGGUGCCGAAGCCCUGGCCAGGCUGCUGAUUGUCUACCCCUGGACCCAGAGGUUUUUUGCCUCUUUUGGGAACCUUUCCAGCCCCACCGCCAUCAUUGGUAACCCCAGGGUCCGUGCUCAUGGUAAGAAAGUGCUGAGCUCCUUUGGGGAAGCCGUGAAGAACCUGGACAACAUCAAGAACACCUACGCCAAGCUGUCGGAGCUGCACUGUGACAAGUUGCACGUGGACCCCGAGAACUUCAGGCUCCUUGGGGACAUCCUGAUCAUCGUCCUGGCUUCCCACUUUGCCAGGGAUUUCACUCCUGCCUGCCAAUUUGCCUGGCAGAAGCUGGUCAACGUUGUGGCUCAUGCUCUGGCUCGCAAGUAUCACUGAGCUGCAUCACAGCCAUGGCCAUAGCCCCCAAUAAACACCUGGAAUGCAUGUGGUCUGCCUGUCUGUGUUGGGGGGGCAUGAGAGUGUCAUGGGACUGCUGAGGCAGUGUUCUCAUCACUCUGGGGUGCAGCCAUGUGUGUGCUCUGCCUUGACAUGCACAUGGGGCUGGGGGGAGAAAACCCACACCAAAUGCUGGAACACACUUGCAAGGGGCCUGGCACUGGGAGGGCAUC